AGCUUUUAUUUUUCAGUGCUAACUAUUAAUUCCCAAAAUCCUUCUCCAUUCACAAUUUCACCUACCAAUCCUCCACUGCAAAUGGCCACUCUUCCUGCAGCACAGAGCGACUUUGAACUCGAAUCUAAGCGCAAAGAGGACUCGUCUUGGCAUCCUUGUAAAGUCUCACUCAGCUCUGUUGGAGAUGGUCUAUUUGUUGACUUUGGGCAAGAUUCAGGAGUUGAAUUCCUGGACAAGGAAGAAGUACUGACACAAUUACGGUUCCGUUCUGUUCCUCUUAAAGGUGAUGACUGUUCUUCAAUCAAAGAGAGUGAGCAUGUCCUUGCUGCCAAUAAUUCAGGACUUGGCAGCCUGUUCUAUGAUGCUAAGGUGGAAAAGGUCUUAAGAGUACGGCACUAUAGGGGCCCCUGUAGAUGCAAGUUCACUAUCAAAUGGCUUCACCAAGAUUUUGAAGAUGGAAUCACUGUCCCAUCUAGUUCAAUCAUGAAAUUGGCCAUGAAAAGCAUCACUGUCUACCCAACUGUUGCAGUGUUAUUGGAAUCAGAAAAACAUGUGAAAUCUUCUGGUGCAUCUCCAUUUCUGAUUGAGGACAUAAACUAUGACGUGGACCUAAGUAAUCUUCUGGAAAAGCAAAUAAAAGAUAUCAGCAAAUCAGCUGAUGCAUUGGAGAAAGAAAUUACCAAAGAAACUCGUUUGAGGAUUGAACAUUACUCUGCGGGCAACAGCAUAUUAGAUAAAAAGGGAAGUUGCAAGCUUGUUGCUGCAGCCAAAAUAAGCAUUCCAUGUGUUAAAGUUCCUUGUGACCAGAGUCCAGUGAGAAGAAUAACCAGGAGGUCCAGUAAUCUACAAGUGGCAGCAGAAGUUGAGGAUCCACCAGUGAUCACUUCAUCCGUUGAAGAACUUUCAGAAAACAGGUCACAUCUCAGUCCACUUGCUGCUUGUGCCGCUCUUGCCUCACGAGUGCAAAUUACUACAACGGGUGUCGCAAUAGAUGGAACCAGCUUGUUCAAUAACAACAUGGUUAAUAUGAAGGACAAGGCUUCCUCAGAUAUAUUGGCUACUCCUUUUCCGGUUGUUUCAGAAUCUGUUGAGAUGGUGAAGUCACUUAUUUCAACUCAGAGGAGUACUUCACCAAAGUCACAACUUGCAGGAUUAUCCUCUGGAAUGCUGAAUCAAGAAUGGAAAAAUGAAGAUAAGACCUCAGAAUUCAGCAAUUCUAGUGCUGAAGACAGGAAUUUAGAAGUCAUUUUCUCCAGUACUCGCACAGGUACAAGAAGACGGUCAAAGUUAAACCAGCCUGCGAGCUCAGCUAUUCGGAAUGAUAGUGGAAUUGCAAAUGAUAAUAUUCAGAUCAAGAACUGUGCUGAUGACCUGAAGUUAGAGACUUCAACUGGUGGAAAGAGGCUUACUCGUUCAGCACUCCGUAGAGAAAAAGAAAGUCUAGCUACGGAAUCACUAGAGAAAUCAUCUCAUAUAACUGCAGAAAAUUAUUCUGAAGCAAAUCUUGCAGUUAAUGAGAGUAAUGGUUGUGAAAUUUCCAAUAACAAUAUUCAAAUGAAGACCUCUGCAGAUGAUCUGAAGUUAAGGGCUUCAACCAACAGGAAAAGAUUUACUCGUUCUUCAGUUCAACAAGAAACUUUGGAAGCAAAGUGUAGGUCAACUCAUGGAACAGAAUCAAAUUACUCCGAAGGAAAAGGUGAUAUAUCUAAGAAGGAUAGCUGUACAGUAAAAAGGAAAAAAACUGUUUCUUCAUCUCUUGAUGCUGAAAGUGAUAUUCUGGGUGGCAGAAAGAGCAAAGAGCAGGCAUCCACUGCUGUCCAAACCAAUGAACAAACUGCAGGCGGAGGUUUGGGCAAUGUAGAUAUUCUAGGCCAGAAGAAGAAAUUUAUUUCUUCCGAUAAGCAGUCACAGCAGGAUUCUGUCCAUAAUUUUCUUCCUAGAACUCGCUCUCAAGCCAAGUCUCAGCAUAGCAGAAAUAUGGGAACUAGGAAAAACUAAUUUCCUGUUUUAUUAUAUAAAUCCUUGUAUCACUAAUUGUUUCUAGGAGGAAGGUGGGAAUCAAGAUCUUAAAAGCUAUGCUUAGCUUAUGCAACACAAUGAAUGGUGUUUCCAUUAAAUGGAAAUUGAUAUGAUGGGAAAAAUACAGAUGAAAGUGAUAAUGGGACUGUUACUUCUGCCAUCUUUUAUGUUUCCCAUGAGUUUAGAAAUUAUGAAUAUUAGUAUCUUUCAGUGUUUGUAACAUCACUUUGCAGUUUGCAUGCCAAGAUUUUCGGGCUGCUAGUGAGAAAUGGAAUGAUUUCACUUCUUUGGAUCUCCAACAUUACGAAGUAAAUCUUGUCAUUUGUUCACAGCA